CGGGCGUCUUGUGUUGCUCGUAUUUGUGACAGCUCAGGACGGCCCAGUGUACUUCCAAGGUGGCUCCAGCCGUUUUUUCUCUCAAGCGCACUGGCUCAAGUAGAACCCUGAUUUUCGGAGUCUCGCAUAAGUUCAGGUUCGGCCGACCCCGAGUGCCAAGCGCGCAGGAGGCAUCCCAGGAAGAAACCAUCGUCCGCGGCAUCGACGCAAAGCGCAGGCCCGCGUUGAGCGCAGACUCUGUCUGCGGCGCCCUCUUCUACCUGUCGGCGCUUGCACAGGUGAUCCUGUUUUUUGUGACCUUUGCUGCGAAGAACGCCGAGAUCGCUGAGUUCGAUUCGGCCGGCUACGUCAGGCGCCCUGACGGGAUGGUUUGGGCGUCAAAUUGCGGUUCGUUUCCGUUGUUUUCGGCCCAUGCCGAGUGCAUCAGCAGGGGCUUCUGUGAUCGGGUCGCCGUCUGCGUCGGGGAGCGCAGGCUCGUGGAGGCAGCGGGCACGGGCGAGGCGCGCACCAACAGGGUGGAGUUUUGGGAGGCCGUGGCCGCGACGGAGGGCCCCUACGCCGAGCACGCGCGCCGCCUUCUGGCGGGGGGCGACGAGGUGCCGAAGAGCCUCUGGGACUUCUUGGAGACGCACUUCUACGUCCCCGCGCUCCUCUUGGGGGGCGUCCUCGCCGCGAGCCUCUGGCCCCUUGCGCUGCAGAAGUUCCCCAGGAGCAUGGUAUGGGGAACAAUCGGCGCCGACGCCGUCUUGCUCAUGGCUGGCUUCGUCUGGUUCACGCUCGAAGCGGACAUGUGGAACCCGGCGUUGGCCAUCGUUGCCGGCCUCACCGCGAUGGCCGCAGUUUUUCACAGGACCAAGAUCGACCAAUGUUCAGUGGUUAUGAAGGCCGCUAUGGACGGGCUGGUCUCCAACAGGAGAGUCUUCUUGGCAUGCGCAAGCGUCGCAUGCAUCUGGGCGGCCUUCUUCGCCAUGUGGGUUGCGGCUUUCAUCGGCAUGAGCUUUGUCAAAGAGGUCGCCCAGCUUCCGCCCAUGCAGUAUACAUCCUACUUCCCCGGAUGCGAGCUGCAGGAGGUUCUUUGGCUUGCAAGCGGUUGGAAGAAGCUCUUCUUCUUUGUGAACCUCUACUGGACCACCUACUUCUUUCGCAACGUGAACCUCAUCGUCGUCAGCAGCACCGUGUCCAGCUGGUACUUCAACAGCGAGGGCUACCAGAGCUUCUGGAUCCAGGCUCUGCGCUGGGGCUUCGUGGACCUUGCAGGAGGCAGCGCCAUCCUCCACCAUGGGGUGUGCGUCCUACCUCCUCUGCAGGAUCAAACGCCCCUGGAGCCUGGCUCUCGGCUGCCUGAACCCCGUCGACUGGAUCCUCGUGUGCAUCGCCUGUGCUCCCCAGCAGGUCCUUCGCGCCUUCACGAGGUUUGGGCUCAUAUCGCAGGCGUGCUCUGGGAGACCUUUCUCUGUGAUUCCGCGUUCGCCGGCAUGAAGCUUCUGGAGAGGCAACUGGGGACGGCCGUGCUCACCGACUACAUCGGCACGCGCGUUAUGUCAUGGGCUACGUACGUUGUCUUCCUCUGCGUAGCCUGUGCCACCUGGGCCUGGGCGGACCCCGUGCAAGGUGUGGAGAGCAUCACGCAGAUUUCACUCGGAGCGAUGAUAUUCGUCAUGCUCGUCUUCGCUUGGAUUAUCGACAUGCCCUUCUACUGCCUGGCCGCGGUGAUCUUUCUCGAGGUUCUCGUUCGACCUGCGGGCAGCAGUAGCGAUCCGGAUUCUUUCGAGACCCGAGCCGUGCUCAACGCUAUCUCUGCCGCGCUCUUCCUCGGCGCUGUCGUGCACUUCACCAUGGACACAGUGUCCCAGAUCGUCGUGAACGCCAUGGACACCAUCUUCUUUUGCUUCGCUGUGGAGACGCAGCUCGGCGACGCAAAGCAGGAGAGAUUUGCUGGCCUCUACGACAACAUGAAGGCAACCAUCGCUCCUGGAGCCUUGCUGCAGGAUGCCGUGGUUGGCGCCCCUCCAUGCUCACAGCCGAUGCAGGUGAUGGUCCCGGAGGGUGCUGGUGAAGGCUUCGUGUUGAGGGUACUUGCGCCUCAAGGCCACUCGAUUGAAGUGACUGUCCCGGCUGGCUUCGCGGCGGGCUCCGUCAUGACCUUGACCGUGCCCAACGAUGCGUCGUAGCCACCCACCGUGCAUCCGCCCCUGUUGGCGCCCUGCGCACAGACCGCGCGGGUGGUCGGCAGUCCACAGGCGGGUAAUGCGGUCACCAGCAAUGCCGAUGAAGCGGAGGUGUGAGCGGCCUGGCUUCUGCAAGAGGGGAUCCUGACGCGACAGGUCCGCAACGUGUUGCGAGGGGCGCGCAGUUUGUUUCAACGAUUGGUGCAAUUGGUACUGCACAUCUGCUUGUACAGCUUCACAAACAUUGAACCGUGCUAUGUGGGAAGCUGCAGUGCAUGCUUGCUUGGCCAGGCACACCUGCUUCCUAACAACUUCCUCCGCUUUGUCGGAAAUCACCUCUGGCGUGGACCGUUUCCCUAAGCGAGGUCCGCGCCGCAUCCUGAACCUCGCUGGCAGAAUCCAACAUGUGGUUCUGUCGCUCGAGAAACAUUCCAGACUGGGAAUCCGCAGCGUCGGACAUCUCAUCCAAAAGCUUGUCUGCGACAUUGCAGCCGAAGGUCGUCAGAUUGCGGUCAUCGCUGCUGGUUGGUGCCCUGAGGCGGCGACGUGAUGGAAGGUCGUUGCCCCCCUCGUUCUGCAACCCCAA